CCCAUAUCUUAGCUCGCAGUAGGCUUUUCUUAAAUGUCUUUUGGACAAAUAGAAUAUAUCUUUUAGUACCUUAUAUACUUUCACCAUAUUUCUGCAAUAGCUUCGAUUUCUCAAAACCAUAAAAGCCAGAGUUUGUCCUCUGCUAUCCUGUAAAUUUGUAAUCUACCACCCUCACCAGCCCUCUGCUUUGAUAGAGAGAGAGAGAGAGAGAGAGAGAGAGAGCGAGGGAGAGAAAAGGAUAUACGGGGUAGCGUACAAAAAAGAGAGGAAGUGAAGGCUAAAUCAGAACAAAGUCAUUCAUUACCUUUGUCUACUGGUAAUCUCAAGGAACUUGAACUGUCUCCGUCUUUCUUUUUCUGCAUAUUGGAAGCAACACAAGGUAAAGAAAAGAAGAAGCUGAACAGAUUUGGGGGUGAGUUCAUUCUUGAAGACUCACUGCGAGAGAGAAAGACGCCACAAAUGCUGAUAAAAGAAACCAUCAACAAAAGAAAAAACUUCUUCCAUAAAACCCUUCAAAACCUCAAAUCCUUCUUCCUUGGAGGUUACCAAAAGCUACCCAAAUCUCUUUCUUUUAACCCCUUUUCUUGUGCAAGUGGAAAACUGAAAAAUUACAAAGGAGAUCACUACUACACUGAUUUCUAUGACGAAUGGGAGUCACAUCUAGACAAACUGAGUAAGAGAGAUGGCAAUGAUACUACAGCAUCAAAAGAUGUAAUGAAGGAAGAGAAUACAAGUGGUGGAAACAUCAUAUUUCCAGAACCGAGUCCGGUCAAGACCAAGCAAGAAGGUGGAUUGAAGGAAAAGAAGAAGAUAGGAGGUUCCAAUCUGGGAAAAGUAAAAGAAUCAAAUGCACAGAAGAUGAAUUCAGGGGGUUAUGCUUUAGCGCAAAAGAUGAAGGAAUUGGAGAUAAUGGAUGCAGGGGAUGUGGAACAAGUUUUGGAUAUAGAAGAGGCACUCCACUACUAUUCUCGCCUUAAAAGCCCUGUCUAUGUUGACAUUGUUGAUAAGUUCUUCAUGGAUAUGUAUUCAGAAUCCACCAUUCCUGCAGCACCUGUCAACAUCAACCAUUCGAAACGGAGAUUUGGCUCAUUUAGAUUGUAGACAGCACUAGCAGCUUAGCAAGUUCUUUGCAUAUGGAUCUGUUCCAUGUCUCUAUUUCUUCACCUUCUUUGUUAAUGUUUGCCUGCAUUAUCGUUUCCAAAUUCCUGGUUUGUCAGUCUUCUUUCUUCUCAUCUUGAUUGUUUUAUGCUCUUUUUUUUUUUUUUUUUUUUUUUGUCUUAUUCACAUCAAAAAUUGGAUUACAGCCAUCUUUCUGCCAGAGGCCAUGUUUCGGUCCAUAAGAUGGUCUUUUUCUCUUUUUUGUUUAUUUAUGUAUAUAUGUAUCCUUUUUAUGAAGAUACUUGAAUGCAGCAUACAUUUGCCAUAGGCUGAAACAAAAAUAAAUUCUUCUAUUUCAAUCCAAGCUUUUUCACACUGUCAGCAUAAUAAUUAUGAACUCAGGUUAAUCAAAUGAUCAAAUUAUAUGAACAUCAAUACCAUUUUUUAAUGUCUUGUUGAACAAGUAUCAAUUAAAGUACUCGUUUUCUAGAUGCUUUAAAGCUAUGAUAUUACAGCAAAAACCAAUUCUAGUAAACAUCAUUUUCCGCUACUUUAGAGGCUACAGUUUUGUUAAAUCCCUUCAACCCCCAUCCUCCUCUCCCUUAUACCACUUUUGAACAAUUAAGCCUAUCUGAUCUAUAGGAGCUGUCAUUGCUUGGAGGUUUGCUAGCUUCAUCAUUGCCAAGGAAUAGUCUCGUCGGAAUAAGGAGGAUCUGAAGCAUUUGACCCAUAGGAGCUGUCAAUACUUGGAGGUUUGCUAGCUUCAUCAUUGCGAAGGGAAAGUCUCAUUGGAAUAAGUAGGCAUCCGAAGCAUGUGCUCUAACCCACAUCCCAGUUUUUGCUACUGCCAUCAGCUGCUGAUCAGCAUGGAGGAUCCCUUUACGUUGCAGAAGGACGCCGAAAUAAAAGGUGCCAAAAUUUGAACCAGGUCUGUCAUAGCUCAUAGCCAUUUCUGGCUCUUCAUUGUGGCCCAUUAAUGUAGGAAGGUGAUGCACACGUCUAAAGGAAAACCAGAAGAAAAUUUAUGUCUAAUAGCAGCAAAUAUUACUCUAAAUCUAACAAGAAGCACAAGAAAAUGAAUUCCUAUAAUUGAAGAAAGACAGUUCUAAGCAAAAAAUUGAACCGAAAAUGAGCAUCAAACUCACAUAUUGCUGAAUAGAAUUUUACAAAAUCCCAGAUACAACUAAACUGAGUUUCUCUAUGGUAUUUAACAGAAAAGGAAUCAUAUCGAAUUCUCGGGAAACCAAGAAGAUAUAGUUAAAAACCCUUAAACCCCUCUGAUGAUUCACAAUUCACAAAGAAAACACGGUGCAAAAGAAGAAAAUCGAGUAUAUAUUUUUGUUUCUCUAGAAGGAGCUUAAAACUCAGACAGAGUGAUUGAUCCACAAACACAGCAUUCUAUCAACAGAACGAAUCUACUUAAUACAACACUCACAAUCAUCAGAUAUGUUCAUCAUUCAUUUUAUACACUAGUAUGAGGUAUAGUAAACGAACCAAAGAGACUGACGGUUUCUCUUGCAUUGAAUAUAUGAUUAUCAAAGAGUUCGGAAAAAGCUUAACGAUUUCAUUAGCACACCAGUACAUAUACACAAAGUGGUUACAAGAUAUAAGUACAUACAAACCAGAUACAACGAACGACUAAACACGGGGUUGUUACAAGAUAACAUACACGUGAGAUGGGUUAUGUCUCCUUAUUGAAUCCCCUUGAAGCAAAGGAGGCAAGGAUCUUGGACAAAUUAUCAUAAGGAGGAGGAAACUCCUCUGUUGCAAGGUCGGUGAAAGCAAUUAUACUGUCUUCUACCAGUAUAUAACUAGAAAGGCCACCACCAGCCUGAAAUUCAUAGACCCAGAAAAACUUCAUUUUCAUGUGUUUAUAUAUGCAAUAGAACUAUCUAUGUAAAAGGGAAUGGGGUUUGUUUAUUACCAGUGCAACACUAUCUCUCGCCGCCAGAACAACAUUAUCUGCACAAGAGACUUUUUCUCAGAAUUGAUUCCUUUAAAGGAAAUCCAAUAGAACAGAGGCAUCACAUCCCUUCAUAAGCAACACAAAAUAAAUAUUUGAGAGAGAUAAAUAACCCAGAUAAAACCAAUAUGAAAUCCAACAAACUCACUUAGGAAUCAUUUUCAAAACCAAGAAAUAACAAGAAAGACGACCAUGGAGAAAAGUUGGACGAGAGCUGAAGAAAAGUUGGUGGAGAAAAUUACCUUGGCUUUUGGGAAUGGUAGAAAUCGAAUUUUAAGUGGAUAAAAUUCGUAUAAUAGAGCAUCUGGUACUUCAUGGAGAAGAAAACAGAGCGAUGGAUCGCUCAUGAUCAACUCCAACUUAAACCCAGAAGUUUUGCUUAACUCUUGGUUGUAAAGUACUUGUUCUUCAAGAAAUUGAAAAACUUCAUCUCAAACCCAGAAGUGGUGCUUAACUCAUUGUUGGUUGUAAAGCAUUUGUUCUUCAAGAAAUUGAAAAUGUAAAGAAUGGUGAUCAGAGGCUUCCAUGUUCUCAAAAAAUCCAUUUCAAAGAUUUUGCAAAAUGUCGACUCUCUCUCUGUUCUAUCUAUUCUACUUUACUGAGUUUCUUUCUGAACAGGGAAGCUGGCGGGAAACGAUGAGUUAAAUAACGGAAAUGCCCUUGUCAGUAGGAGUCUAUAAUUGGUAGUAGCUUAAACUGAAAACGAUGAGUCCGACGGGCAAGCCCGUGGUAUAGGCCCGGGUUUUUAAAAGCUGAGCCCAACUUACUAGCCCCAGCCGAAGACAAGACAAUUUUCAAACUUGAAGCAGUGUAAGCGACCUGCAUUUGGCAAGGAGAAGACAUUUUUUUUUUUUUUUUUUAAAUUCUGCUAUGUAAUUCCCAUUCUGUUAGGUGUUAUAGCAUAUCACAAUUUGUUAUUUAUUGUUAAAUUAUAUUCUUAGAAUUAACUUUGACGACAUAAAUUACAAUAUUAACAUGAUUUUACAAAAUAAACAAACAUGUAGAUUAAAAAAGAUAUCCAAGAAAACAAACACGCAGAAUAAAAGAGAUAUCCAAGAAACUUUAAUCUGUAUAUGCUGCUAAAGAAUACAAGUACAUUAUGACAAUAAAAUGACCAAUUCCCCUGGAAAACAAGCACAUCCAGUCCCACUGCUCUUUCAUAAUCAAAUUACAAAAUUAAUAUCUAUACAAAAGCAUGCCAGUGGCUUGUGAAUCCCAUAUAAUUAAUAUGUAAAAAUAAAAAAAAAAUGGCCAAAUUUCAAACUGUAUCAAUAUCCAGAAGAGGAU